AUGGCUAUACGUUUGCAUAUGAAGCACGAUUUGUCUGAAGCAAAAGAGAACGUUUUGCAUUUAAUGCCAUGCAAAAUUCACGGUGACGAGUCGGCGAAUGUUUCCUCUUACUUUACACCAUACAUUCGGAAAAUUGAUGACGAACAUUACAAUUCUUCAUUUCGUGGAUAUCCACUUCAAGGAAAGAAGAUAACAAUACCUUCAGGAUACAAAGGCAUUACAUUUCUUGAACAUAAAAAACCAGAAAUGGAAAAUAUGGAACGUAAUUUGUAUUCGACAGGAACAUUUUCAUACUUUACAUAUUGGAAUUAUGACAAAUUACCAUCUAAGAAUGAUGCUUUAGCAGCAGCAAUUGAUUGGAUUGAUAUUGCAGAAGCACUACAUUCUACAGAAUCGUAAUUAAAAUCAUAAAUCUGAA